CAGGAGCGGCAGCAGCAGCAGCCUCCGCCGCCGCCGCCGCCGCAGCAGCUCAGCCGCAGCCAACCCAGCCACCUCGGCGGCAGCAGCGGCAGCAGCAGCGGCAGCUUUAGCUGCCUGCGCUUUAAAUAGGAUCCGUCCCAGCGACGCAGUAACAAGCUGCUCCCUGUCGGCGGGGCUGGCUCGGCCUGGGACCGCGAGAAUCUGGCCUAAGGAACAAUUACAACAGGAAAAUGCAGGCACACGAAUUAUUUCGUUACUUUCGAAUGCCCGAACUUGGGGACUUCCGACAAUAUGUGCGUUCUCUCCCAACAAACACAUUAAUGGGUUUCGGAGCUUUUGCUGCACUCACAACUUUCUGGUAUGCUACAAGACCCAAGGCUCUGAAACCACCAUGUGACCUGUCCAUGCAAUCAGUGGAAGUGGAGGGGACUGAUGGUGCAAGAAGAUCUGCAAUACUUGACAGUGAUGAGCCAUUGUCGUUUUUCUAUGAUGAUGUAACAACACUGUAUGAGACCUUCCAGAGGGGUAUACAGGUGUCAAAUAAUGGCCCUUGUUUAGGCUCUCGGAAACCUGAUCAACCAUAUGAAUGGAUCUCCUAUAAAGAGGUUGCAGAUAAGGCCGAGUAUGUGGGCUCAGCACUGCUCCAGAAGGGUUACAAGCCAUCGCCAGAUCAAUAUUUUGGCAUCUUUGCUCAAAAUAGACCUGAGUGGGUGAUUAUCGAACAAGGUUGCUAUGCAUACUCAAUGGUGGUGGUCCCUCUUUAUGAUACCCUUGGAAAUGAAGCGAUAACGUACAUAAUUAAUAAAGCUGAACUGUCUUUGGUUUUUGUUGAUAAGUCAGACAAAGUCGACCUCAUGUUAGAAUCUGUAGAAAACAAGCUAACCCCAGGUCUUAAAACCAUAAUCAUCAUGGAUCCUUUUGACAGUGAUGUCGUGGAACGAGGCAAGAAAUGUGGGGUGGAAAUAAUGAGCAUGAAAGCACUUGAGGACCUGGGAAGAGCUAACAGGAGGAAACCAAAGCCUCCAUCGCCUGGUGACCUCGCUGUGAUUUGUUUCACCAGUGGGACGACAGGCAAUCCCAAAGGUGCAUUGAUCACUCAUCAAAAUGUAGUCAGCGACUGUUCAGCUUUUGUGAAAGUGACAGAGAAUGUAGUGGCUCCUUCUCCAGAUGACAUUUUGAUAUCUUUCUUGCCUCUUGCCCAUAUGUUUGAGAGAGUUGUGGAGAAAACACUUCGUUUGAACUCCAGUGAUAUACAUAUUUCAUAUUUACCACUUGCUCACAUGUAUGAGCAGUUAAUGCUGUGUGUAAUGCUCUGUCAUGGGGCUAAAAUAGGAUUCUUCCAAGGAGAUAUCCGCUUACUUAUGGAUGACCUCAAGAUGCUGCAGCCCACCAUCUUCCCUGUGGUUCCAAGACUGCUGAACCGGAUGUUUGAUAAAAUUUUUGGACAGGCCAACACAACAAUGAAACGGUGGAUCCUGGAUUUUGCUUCCAAGAGGAAAGAGGCGGAACUUCGAAGUGGCAUAAUUAGAAACAACAGCCUGUGGGAUAAAAUUAUUUUCCACAAGAUUCAGGCAAGUCUUGGAGGGAAAGUAAGGUUAAUGGUCACUGGAGCAGCUCCUGUAUCAGCAACUGUUCUGACUUUUCUGAGAGCAGCACUUGGAUGUCAGUUCUAUGAAGGCUAUGGACAAACAGAAUGCACAGCUGGAUGUUCCUUGACAGUGCCGGGAGACUGGACCGCUGGCCACGUUGGUGCUCCAAUGCCUUGCUGUCUUAUAAAGCUUGUCGAUGUAGAAGAAAUGAAUUAUUUGGCUGCCAAGGGAGAAGGUGAGAUAUGUGUGAAAGGGUCAAAUGUAUUUAAGGGCUACUUGAAGGACCCAGCAAAAACAGCUGAAGCUCUGGAUAAAGAUGGCUGGCUACACACAGGAGAUAUUGGGAAAUGGUUACCAAACGGUACCUUGAAGAUCAUUGACAGGAAAAAACAUAUAUUCAAACUGGCACAAGGGGAAUAUAUAGCACCUGAAAAAAUUGAAAAUAUCUACCAGCGGAGUGAGCCUGUUGCUCAGGUGUUUGUACAUGGGGAAAGCUUACAGGCAUUCCUCAUAGCUAUAGUGAUACCAGAUGUGGAGACUCUAUCUUCUUGGGCAAAAAAGAAGGGUUUCAGUGGAUCCCAUGCAGACUUGUGCAGAAAUAAGGAUGUUAAAAAAGCAAUCCUAGAUGACAUGGUGAGACUUGGAAAAGAGGCUGGUCUGAAGCCUUUUGAACAGGUCAAAGGUAUUACUCUUCACUCAGAAUUAUUUACUGUGGAGAAUGGCCUUCUGACUCCGACACUGAAGUCAAAGAGACCCGAGCUCCGGAAAUAUUUCAGGUCGCAGAUCGAUGAACUCUAUUCUACCAUUAAGAUUUAAUCUUGAGAAAGAUUGCUUGGAAAAAACGAAACCGCACACCUCCAAAAGAUCUACUUCUACUGUUGGCCUUCAUAUUGGUAAUUUUGACUACAGCAAACAUAGGGAAGGAGACUUGUUUGGACGGAGUUCUUGCCAUAGGAAUCUUGAAGGAAACAGAACACUGCCUUACUGUCACCUUGUGUUGCUGACCAUUUUGUGGUGAUAUACAAUUUCCAAAAUGAGCCUUAAAUUGUAAAGGGCAACUGUAUACCUGAUAAGUUAUUUGGGACUUCCUCAGCCCAAAAGGUGGGUGUUGACCCUUCUCUCCUGAUCCUAACUAAGGAACUAGGGCUUCCCUGUUUCUGAGAGGUCAAAUGUUUGAUAUGUUCUCUGCAGUUGGCUACUCCAAAGGGUACAUGGUACACUGGAGAAAAAGAAUCCUUUUAAAAAUGACAAAUAGACGAGUGGGGUAUACCAUAAUUCAUCCAAACAUUAUUUAAGUCCCCUUUUCUCACCCUUCUUUAAAUGAGAGUUGUGAAACUCUCUCUCCCUUAUGCCUUAUCCUCAGGUUUACCCCAACCCAGAAAAGAAAGAAAUGUCUGAACUUUACUGUUUUAAACUUAAGGUUCACUGUAAAUCAGGACAAAAGCAACUGAGCAGAUUUGGGGUCCCAUAUGAAAGUCCUACAGAAUGUGGAUUCUAAUGCAAAGCAGAAUGCUACCAACAGAGUGUUUUCCAGAUCUCUCUCCUUCCCACCCCUCCUUCCAGUAACAAAUCUGCCUUAGACUCAACCAUGAAGACAAGAAUUUCAAGGACACAUAUACCAUCAAUAGCAGAAUCAGUCAAGCUCAGCUAUGAUGACCUGAUAACUGUACACCUUAUCUCUACACUGCACUAGCCACUCUUUCUGUAUAAUGGCCAACGGGUUUUUAAUGUAGUUUUCAUUUCAGAAUAUCAUGCCGUGAUUAAUGCUUUAUUUGUUUCCCAGAAUAAACUGUCUCAUACCAAACAUAUCACUUCAAAGGACAGAGGGAGCGGGUAUACUUGAAUACUUUUUUGUUGAAAUGGAGGGUACUAUUUGACAGGAAUGGGCCCAUCUCAGAAACCUAUUCAUGAUUUCUACAAAAUGUAUUCAAUAAGCCAGAACAAAUGUUAAUUAAUAGAGGGAUAUAUAAAUCUGAAAGGGGAGAAAUCAAUUUUUCCUAAGAGUAAUUCCUGAGGGGUUUUUAGUUUAAUUGGGGAAAUUGGCAACAUUUCAAUUAUUACAGGUCUUGGCCAUAUUUGACUGAAUUAAGUUGUCAUUUUAAAUUAUUCUGGUUUUUGGAUCCAUGGGGUUAUAUUUAAUAUUCAAGCACAACAAGGUUUGCACUAAAGAGAUGUCAUUGUAAUAACACUAUUUGGUAGCCUAACUUCAUAAUGUGUGCUCUUAAUUGCACAAAUAUCUAAGUCGGUAAUUUGUCACAUUGGAGUUUUGGAUGUUUGCUUUCAGUGUUGGCUAUUUCUAUGUUUUAUAAACCAAAACAAUUUCCAAAAAAUAACGAAGGAAACCAAAAUAAAUAUUUCUGCAUUUCAUGUGA